CAUCUUUCUACCAUCCUGCGAUUCAUAUAGAUUCUUUGUGGAACAUAGACCGCAACAGAUACCUUUUUUAUUCUAAAGAUCAACUUCCCUUCUCUACCAUUAUCUUAAUUUCAAACACUCACAACCAUCAAAAUGGGUUUCUCUGAGGGCAACGCUAAGAACGGCGCUAAGCUGUUCAAGACUCGCUGCGAGCAGUGCCACACCGUCGACGCUGCCGGCGGCAACAAGAUCGGCCCUGCCCUGCACGGCCUUUUCGGCCGCAAGACCGGCUCGGUUGACGGCUACGCUUACACCGACGCCAACAAGCAGAAGGGCAUCACAUGGGACGAGAACACCCUGUUCGAGUACCUUGAGAACCCCAAGAAGUACAUCCCCGGCACCAAGAUGGCCUUCGGUGGCCUCAAGAAGGAGAAGGACCGAAACGACCUGAUCACCUACCUCAAGGAGUCCUGCAAAUAAAUGACACCCACGACCACUAUUACUACCUAGACGACUUCGACGCCCUCGUGGCAUGUACUUUUAAUGGCACAUUUGUUUAAGCAACGCAAUAGAUACGCAGACAAGACAGACGAAGACUGGCGGCAAUUUUGUAUUACUAUAGACUAGACGUAGUUUUACGGCAUCGCUUCGUCAGGACGUCAAAAAUGGAAAAUUUUCCACUCUUAA